AUGUCAUCCAUGGAGUCACUGAUUCUCCAGCUCCACGAAAUCGGAGCCGUGAAAUUCGGAAACUUCAAGCUCAAAUCCGGAAUCUACUCACCGGUUUACAUCGACCUCCGUUUAAUCGUCUCUUACCCUUCUCUCUUAACACAGAUCUCUCAAACUCUCAUCUCUUCUCUUCCUCCUUCCGCUACCUUCGACGUCGUCUGCGGCGUUCCUUACACCGCUCUUCCAAUCGCCACCGUCGUCUCCGUCUCCAACAACAUCCCGAUGCUCAUGCGCCGCAAGGAAAUCAAAGACUACGGAACUUCCAAAGCUAUUGAAGGAAUCUUCGAGAAGGAUCAGACUUGUCUCAUAAUCGAAGAUCUUGUGACCAGUGGCGCGUCGGUUCUCGAGACGGCGGCUCCGCUUCGUGCGGUUGGGUUAAAGGUUAGUGACGCGGUGGUUCUGAUUGAUAGGCAACAAGGUGGUAGGGAGAAUCUGGCGGAGAAUGGGAUUAAGCUUCAUUCGAUGAUUAUGUUGACGGAUAUGGUUAGGGUUUUGAAGGAGAAUGGGAAGAUUGAAGAAGGUGUGGAAGAGAAUUUGCUUAAGUUUUUGGAGGAGAAUCGUAGGGUUAGUGUACCGAGUGUGGAGAAAUUGAAUGUGAAACCUAGGGUUUUAGGGUUUAAGGAGAGGUCGGAGAUGUCGAAGAAUCCGAUGGGUAAGAAGCUGUUUGAGAUUAUGAUGAAGAAAGAAACUAAUCUCUGUUUAGCUGCUGAUGUUGGAACCGCUGCUGAAUUGCUAGAAAUAGCUGAUAAGGUUGGACCAGAGAUUUGUCUCUUGAAGACUCAUGUUGAUAUUCUGCCUGAUUUCACCUCUGACUUUGGCUCUAAACUCCGUGCGAUUGCAGACAAGCACAAGUUUCUCAUAUUUGAGGAUCGCAAGUUUGCAGACAUUGGUAACACUGUCACAAUGCAGUAUGAAGGAGGCAUCUUUAAAAUAUUAGAGUGGGCUGAUAUUAUAAACGCUCACAUAAUAUCAGGUCCAGGAAUUGUGGAUGGCCUGAAAUUGAAGGGUUUGCCUCGUGGUAAGGGUCUGCUUUUGCUUGCUGAAAUGAGCUCUGCGGGUAACCUUGCUACAGGAGACUACACUGCCGCGGCCGUGAAAAUCGCAGAUGCCCAAUCCGAUUUCGUGAUGGGAUUCAUCUCGGUUAAUCCGGCGUCUUGGAAAUGCGGAUAUGUGUAUCCGUCUAUGAUUCAUGCAACGCCUGGUGUUCAAAUGGUGAAAGGUGGUGAUGCACUUGGUCAACAGUAUAACACUCCACACUCUGUGAUUACUGAGAGGGGAAGUGAUAUUAUCAUCGUAGGACGGGGAAUCAUAAAGGCGGAAAACCCAGCAGAGACAGCUCACGAGUAUCGACUUGAAGGCUGGAAAGCAUACUUGGAGAAAUGCUCUCAGUAG